AAUAUUUAACCAUUUUUCUUAAAUCAAUCUUUCACAUCUUGUUAAUCGUAUUGUUCAGUUUUCAAUAAAGGUGUCAUUUUCAUUAUCGUUCGUUCCAGUAAAAAGUUUCACUUGUAAUUCUGCUAUUGACCUAAGUGCUAAUUGGUCAACCAUCAAAUGUUUUUGUUAACUGUCGUAUAAUAGCUGAUAAAGUUUAAAACGCCGCGUACAUAAAUCUCUUCUUAUUGCGAAUUUUAUGUCAAAACAGAUGAAUUGUGAUAAUGGAUAGAUUGAACCAGAUUCGGGGCGAAGCGGAACGUUCCAAAGACUUCACUUUGGAUACAUCGUCACCUCCUAGCGAAGCGUAUAUAACAGCUAACGAAAGUUCAUCAAAAUUCUUUUCGCUGUCAGAAGUUGAUUCCACUUUUAGUGUUUCACCGACAAAAGACGGCAAUGCGGCUCCCGCCAAUGUAGAUAGACCGAUUUCUGACUCUGAUUUAAUAUCUAACCUAUCUCCUAUACCGAAAACCAAUGAUUUAGGAAGUUUCAAAAUUGGCAAACAAAUAGAAGCUGCAAAUAUCUUGUCAGGUGGUGUUAACAUUUUUGAUGACAAUUCAUAUGAUGGUGAUGAACUGGUUAUCGAUGAUAAUGUUCCUCCGGAUGAUGGAAAAUCAAAUUCAACUCUUAUAUCAGAAGAUGUUACCAAUGUAGUAUGUGUGGAUAAAGCAGAUAAUGUAGUAGAGGCUACAGAUGUUGCAGAUGCAAUAAAGAGUAAAGACACAGAAGUAGUCCUUCAGAUUGAUGGAAAAAAUGUUGAUGCCAUAGAUAUUGGUAAUGAUUUGUAUCUAUAUAGAAAACCAGGUGAAGAAGAACUAGCUGCUGUGCAAAUUGUCACUGAUAAUGAACAACAACCAUGCUUUAAAUUUCUCAAAGUCAGGGAAAAUGCAGAAGGCAAUUUAGAAGUAUAUGAAGAAAUUGAGAUUGAAGUACCAAAGGAAGUGCCCAUCACCAAUGAAGAACCUAAGGAAAGUUCCCCUAAGAGUCUUGUUAAUCAUGACAAGCCAUUGAUAGAGUCUGAUAAUAACAAAACUACUGAAAAUACACUUAAAAACCCGCAAAAUGAGACAGAAAGUAAAGAUGUUGAGGUAGAGACAAGUAUUCAAAUAAAAGAAGAUUCAAAAGUCAAUUUUAAUGGAAAAGUAAUGAAAUUUAGUGAAUCACGUAAAUCACCAGUAAUAAGUACUUUUACCCCAAUGACAUACCACUCUACGCCCAAUAAAGAAGGAAUACCCUUAACAAAAACAAUGGUAGACCAGCAAUUGCAUCCAAACAGACAAUCUGAUAAUAUCAAGAAAACUAUAGAAGUUCAUACUGAAUGUAGCAAACAUAAAUUGUCUGACACACCUAUCAAAAACAAGGAGUUAAUUGAAAACAAUGAAAACGAUGAGAAAGAUGUUUUAGAUAAAACAUUACCUGACAUAGUGCAUACUUCUGAAGAUAAACCUUUGGUCAUAGAUGAGAAGGAAUGUAAAGCUGAUUUAAUAGACAAUAAAAUAGAGAAAAAGAUUAUAAAACAAAGUGUAGGUAUAGAAAAUAAAGAUUCAAAUUUAAGUAAUGAAAUUACUUUAAAAGCCCCAAUUGUUAUAAACGAAGAUAAAAACUUCGAAAAAACAAUAGUUUCAACAGAAAAUAAUGCGGAAGAUACAUAUAAAGUCAAUAAAACUGUUGAGGAAAAAUCAUCAGACUUGAUUCUCAUCUGUAACAAAAACAGUGUUGAUUUAAUUACAGGUGAUGAUACAGAGACUGUUGAAGAUAAGCUAGUUAUUGUUGAAAAUAUAUCUUCACCAACAAAUACAAGUAACGAAAAAAAUAGUGACACAAGUAAAACAAAGGCAGUUGAAAAGGAUCAAAUAAUAGUUGACUCUGAACCAAGGCAAUUGAUCUCGGACGCUAAAAUUGAUGUUAGAGAUACUUACUGUUCUAAUCAAAAAAAUAAGAAGCAACUUACUGAUGAUACAAAUAAAAUAAAAGACAUUCAAAAUAUUGGAACUGACUUAAAGCAUACUAAGAGUUCUUUAGACAAAACAAAUGUGCCUAACAUUGGUGACAAUUUAACGUUAACAGGAGUAAAACAUAAAGCUAUUGAAGCUGAAAAAACCUUAGCUGAUGUAACUACUUCAACUGAAAUAGAACUUAACAAAUACAAUAAAAAAGUUAUAAAGCUAUGCGAUUCAACACCCACAAACAAGCAAAAUCAAGAACAAUUAAAUAUAGUGGAAAAGGAAACAAUUCAAGAAGAUUUGAAAUUGGUACCUAAUCUCAAAAUCACUGAGAUGUUACCUAUAAAAUCUAAUGAAAGCCAACAGCAAAUUCAUAAUACUACUGAUACUACAGUACAAAAAAUUGACACUGCUCUGGUUGAGGAUGUUAUAUCCUUAAAACCUAUUGAAAAUGAAACAAAAAUUAAUUCAAAUAUUAUUCAAAAUCAAGUGAAAGAAAAUAAAGAUUGCUCUUUCAUGGAUAUAAAUAAACAUAAUAUUAUUAUACCUACAGAAAAUAAAACAAUUUCUCUUCCUGAAAUAAAAUCAGCUGAUGAUAUUCAAAAACCCGUGAAAUUGCCCGUAAAGGCAAACACAUCCAUUGUAAAGAUUGACUCAAAAAUUGAUUUACUUGCUAAUACCCAAACAAAACAAACCAAUAAGAAAAAUUGCGCCGCAGUGCCUUUUGGAAAGUGGACUGAAGCCAACAGACAAGAAUUUUUAAAUAAAAUAAAGGAAACAAAAGUUGCUUCUAAUAAUUCCAGCACAAAACAACUAAAACAACCUAAAGAUCUGAACAGGAGAGAUGUGUUGAAGAAAAUAGAUAGUCAAAGACAAUCUAACAAUAUUGUUGUAUCAAAAGCCCAAGAUGUAAAUUCUUCUAAUAAACCAAAAGUAACAACUGUUACUUUUAAAAAUAAACCGAAUAUUGAGCAGACUGAUAACACACAAAUUCUUAAAGAUGAAAAAAAAUCUUCAACAUUGAAAACUACAUCAACAAAAUCGGAUGUUGACCUGGUGGCUAAAAAACCAACUCAAAGGAAAGAAAUUAAUAAUCAAGAUUUAAUUGAUAAAACAAUUGAAGGGAUUAUUAAUCGAGCACUUCCAGUGAAAGCUACCCAAGACGAGCAUAAGCAGAGUGUCGAAAGUAAUGCAAGUGAGAAAGACAAAAAUGCGUAUCAGAUUACAUUAGAUGAUAUUGAAAAGAAAAUGAAUGAAUUGCAUGGAAUUCCUUUCGUGGAGAGACCGCCACAUGAGUUACCAGCGCUAACACAAGAAUCCAAGUCAAGUAAUGCAGAUAUAAAAACUUCUAAUUCAAAUAAACCAGACCCAUUAGUAAAUCUUCCACCAUUCACAAAUAAACCUCACCAAAAUGUUAUUAAGGAACAUGAAAAGGCCAAUAUAUCUGACGAAGAAAUCAUUGAGCAUAUACCAAUUACAGGGGAUAUUAAAUUACUAUGUAAGGAUACUAAGGUUAAUGAAAUAGUUGGUAGUACGAUAUGUGAUAGCGGUGCUAAAAAAGAACCAAUUAUCACAGAGAAAGAUUUUGAUAAGUUUGCUAGACGAAAUUCCUUUACGUAUGAAAAUUUACUAACUGUUAAUUUUGAUAGAAAAGAACCGCAUAAUGUUAUAAAGAGUGUAGUACCAAAAGACAUUCCCGUAAAAAAAUUGUCAAGAAAUGAACUUAUGCUUGCUGAAUCCAAAGCUAAAUCGACAAAUAAGCAUAACGCUGCACGUCAUAAUCAUUCCAGUAAAAUUCCAACGGCCAAGGUGUCUAAUGAAACAUAUAACAAGAAUUAUCAAUCCAAAGUUCAGAUUGCAUAUCAAUCUGCAUUAACAGCAAAGCGGCAGCUUGAAGGCCCAAUUACAAUAAUUGAAGAUAAACCUGUUAAAGUUGUAUUCAUGGACACAAAUCCUGAAUUUGUUCCAGUUUUAAAUAUGCAAGGUCAGGAACUCUCGCCUACAAAUAUUCAAAUCAAUGAGUCUUCUAAAUUUGUCCACAGUGCUUCUGAGUCUUUAGAUUCUGAUAUACUAGAGAGUUAUGAGAAUAAGUUACAAGACGAUACUAAAUCUAAAAGUAAACAUCAGAGGAAACAAGUUUUAACUCCAGUUGAAACACCUGAAUUGGAACUCAUAGAACCUGGUGAUUUAGGCAUGGAAACUUCACCAAAGAAAAAACGCAGGUUCGAAGACAAGGCUGAUAAAAAAGCGAAAGCACUGGUACCCAAGAAAUCCUAUCUUCUGAACCGUAAUGUGUCGGAGGAGAAGCAAGAUGUAGUGAAAAACUCCACAGAGAUUGUGAAUAAGGCUGAGCCAUAUGUUCACUCAGAUCCAAUAUCAGCUAUAGAUAACUUAGUCAAAGCUGCUGAGCUACUUGAAACACAAUCUGAGAACAAAAUUUUAACCCACGCAACUGAGAAUAAUUCACAACAAAACACACCAGUAAAGAGAGGUAGAGGUCGACCCAGAAAGAACCCUCUUCCCGGAGUCGACUCUAACGCACCUAAGACGCCGAGUCCUCAGAAAAAGCCACGAUUACAAGAAGAAAAGUCGUAUAAGGAACAUACAGAGACUGAGGAAAGUAGUGACGACGAAAUAAUAAAAGAAAAUUGGACAAUGGGUAAGAUAAAUGAAAACAUUGUAUGUCCAAUAUGUAACAAAUUAUUCCGUUCUGAAAAUGUUGUAUUUAAACAUGUGAAACAUUGUACAGGUCCAUCUCCAAAUAGGUCGGACUCGGAUAAAAGGAGUUCUUCGAGGUUGCGAUUUUCACAAGAAUCAAAAAGAUCAUCAACUGAUAGCAAAUCAGAUAUAGAUUUGGAUGAAGAAAUAUUAACACCGAGAAAACGAAAAUCAAGAGACUCAAAACCAGCUAAGGAUAAAUACGAUGAAAUAAUAAAUAAAGAUUUGGAUACUGAAAAGCAAAGUGAACAUUUAUCACAUAAAACUGUCAAUAAAGCUAAAUUUAAUACAAAUAAUUUAGUGUGUGAACUAUGUGGCAAAAGUUUUAGACAGUUAUCAUAUUUAUUAAGUCACAAACUCCAACACAGAAAAGAAGAUCUUAAAUCAGUCCACAAUGACGAAGUUAAAAAGAAUGUUUUCUGUUGUGAGGUUUGUAAAAAAGAGUUUCGAAAAUUGCAUCAUUUGGUCCAACAUCGUCCUAUCCACAAGCCAAAUGCAAUGUCGUCGCGGUUAAGCAGGAAAAGCUCAUCUGAACACCGAGACAAUAAGAGCGAAAAAGAUAAUAAAGUUCAAGUUCAAACAAAACAAACUGAAGAUCAUAGCGCAGGAUUUCGAUGUGAGCCUUGCGAUAAAUCAUUUAGGAAACUUCAUCAUCUAGUAGAACACAGAGAAACUCAUGAUGGUAUUAAUAAAAAAUGUCCUCCUCAAGUUACAGUUGACUCUUCUAAAUCUCUCUUACAUCAAUGUGACAUCUGUAAAAAAACUUUUAAGAAGUUACAACAUUUUAUGGAACAUAAAGAUCAACACUUGGAGACAAGUUCAGAAAAAUCAGAUGACAAGAGUGUUCAGAGUUCUCUAUCCACACGAGAUAUUAUACACGAAUGUUCUCUUUGCUACAUGGUUUUCCCCAAUGAACAUUCUUUGAAUAAGCAUACCAUUAUUUGUCUAAGAAAGAAAAAGCAAUCAGCGGCUAAAGCAAAACAAACGGAAGAAAAAAUUGUUUCCGAUGAUGAUAAUAAAGAAGAAAAGGAACAGGAAACAGACUCUAAAAUAAAUGCAGAUGUUAUGCCGCUGGAUAAUAUUAAGUCUGAAAAUACAAAUACCCACGACUUACCGGAAAUAACUAAAACUAUCCAUACCAUACAUUGUGCUACGAGUAAAUCUGAAGAACAUGAUAUAGAAAUUGAUAAUUCUGACAAUAAAAGUGACGAUAUCCCGUUAAUUAAAGCAAAAGAAUCCGAAACUAUCGAUAAUAAAACUGUGAAUGAAUUUGAAACUAAACCAUUAAAUACGCCAAUAAUUGAAACUAUUGUUAUACCAGACACACCAACACCCAAGAAACGGACAGCAACAAAAGAAAAAUCGGGAACCACUGUUACAAAGAAACAAAAAACUUUAAACGUCACUAUGCCCGUCAUUGAAGAAAAUAAAUCAGCAAGAACAUCAAAUGACGAUGAUGACGCUGAUGAAGAUGAUGAUGAAGUAAGAUACAUGUUGAAUCCACAUCUAAAAUUGGAUGAUACAGUCGAAGAAAAGUUUAUGAAAGUGCGAGCUAAAAAACGUAGUUCGCUACAGCUAGAGAGGCCUAAUUCGAAAGAUUUGGUUAUAAGGAGAAUCUCAUUGCAACACCCGCCCAAAAUACCUCGUUUAAAAGCGAAACCAGUAGAAGCUAAAAUCCAAACUACUAUUAAGAAUGCGAAAGCCCCAACUCUUGAUACAGUGCCUUCUACGGAUUCGGAUGAUAGUGAUAUUAAAUACUCUUUCCCGAAAACCACGCCUGUGAAACAAACACCAAAGAAAGUGGAUAAGUCUAAUAGAAAAAUAAUAGGCGAUAAACGAAAAUCACUCAGUAGCAUUGCUAAGAGGAAAUCACUCGGGAAACAUAAACAGAAUACACCUGUUAAGAAAAUUAGGAAGCGCACAGCUGAGGUGGAACAUAGAUGUGACUGCGGACAGCUCUUCAGUAGCGCUGCUUUGUUGUCCCGGCACACGACUCUGGCCCACACUCCCCCACGGAUACGACGCCGGCGAUCCCCCCCUCCAGACACCAAGUUACAAAAACCUUUAAAUCUGUUGAAAACUAAUAUAAAACAAUCACAAUCAUCUGUUACUCAAGCGAAACCACAAUCACAACAACUCAAACAAAAACCGACAACAAAACAGAAACCCUCAUUGGCAAAACAGAAACUUAAUUUAAUACAACAAAAACAAACUUCGUCUCAACAAAAACAAACAUUAAAACAACAGAAAAAUACUUCAAAUCAACAAAAACAGACAUUAACGCAACAGAAAUCAAACGCUCAGUCAAGCCCAACACGAAGUAAAUCUAAUAAUAUUAACAACGCAGAGUACGGGGUCAGUGUCAUAGAGGCGUUUGUCCGAUCGCUUGCGAGCCCUUUCUUUCUUCAAAGACGUCAAGAUGAUGAUCGGACUGUGUUCGUACAGUGGCUACAAAAUAUAUCCUGGCCACGGGAAGUCCAUGGUUAAAUUGGAUGGAAAGUACUUCACCUUCGUGAACUCAAAAUGUGAAGCUGCCCACCUUAUGAGUAGGAAUCCCCGUAAGGUGACAUGGACUGUCCUUUACAGACGCAAGUUCAAGAAGGGGCAAGAGGUAGAG